AUGGCGGUAAACCACCACCUCGGCGGUCUGGCGCAUUGCGAAGUACUUCCGCGCGUGCUGCCGGCGCGACUGCGCGUUGACGUCGAGGUCGACGAAGCGGAUCUCGUCGCCCGGGAGGUGGAUCUCGAGGUGGGUCGCGCCGGGGUAGACGUGCGGGCCGUUCACGACGCAGCGCUGCAGAAGCGCCACCCGCGCCGGGGCGUGGGGGGGGACUUUUUCGGGAAAACUCAGCCGCCGCGCGAAGGGCCGCGGGAGGAGGACCUCGUUCGGCUCCACGACGUAGUCGGGCGAGAUGACGCUGCGGCAGGCCUGGUUCACCCGCUUCCCCAUCAUGUACAUGCGGAAAAGCCCCUCCUUCUUGGCGAAGCUGUUCAUCAUGUCGGUGUAGACCGCCGUCACCUUGGCCUGCAGGUUCUGCAGGUUCUGCUCGUUCGCGCGGAGUUUCUCGUUCGGGAUGCGGUGGCCCAUCCCCGCGCACUUCCGCUCGAUCUGAUAGAACUUCUCGAUCUCCUCGACGAAGCCGAGGACGUCCGACAGGGCCCGCGUGAGGGGGUCCGGGACGAUCACCCCGCCGGCGGUGACCUGCACCCCCGAGGAAAGCCGCAGGGCCAGCGAGGGCACCAGCAGGCGGUCGAUGAAGAAGACCUUGUAGAAAAGAUUCGGGGGAAGGGGGCAGUGGUACGGCAUCCCCACCGGGGGCUCCCCGAGAUGCGGGAAGAUGGUCUGCAGAAGCCGGUCCUCCCGCUGGCAGAGCUGCUUGACGUGCUCGCGGACGUGGGCGGUGAGGAAGUAGGUGCGGGAGCGGCCCUGCAGCUCGUUCAGCACGGCCCAGGCCGCCAGCUGGUGCUGCCCGAGAAUCCCCUUCGCGACGUUCAGCUCCGCGUUUUUUUUGUUGAAAAAGAAGAAGAGAUGGCCGUUCUUGGUCGUGAUCCGCGGCGACAGCCCGCCGCAGUGGGAGCAGACGUUCUCAUACUCCCUCAGCUCCGCCAGCGCCCGCUUGCAGAUGCCGUUUCGGAUAUCCAGCAAAGGCCCCAGCGAGGCCGCCUCGGGCGGCCGCCCGCUUUUCGGGUCGGGCUGGAGUACGCGGUCGACGUAGCCCUGCAGGGUGCUCACGCUGCUGAUCACCUCCUCGUUGGCCUCGCGGCGGCGGCGAUUGCGGGCCUCCUGCCCGCGCGCGUUGGCGACGAUCUCGAGCAGGCGCCGGGCCUCGCCGAUCAGGCCCGCGUCGAGCAGCCGCAGGGCCUGCACGUAGCGCUCCCCGUCGAACUCCGGCGCGCGAAAGCGAUGGCAGAAAAAGCACUUCGCGCGGAGCAGCUCCUCCACCUCGCCGGCGAGGUGGGGGUUGAUCACGUGGAGCGGCUCCUCCGCGGCCCGCCGGGGCAUCCGAAUGAAGCCGAAGUGGCCCUGGCAGCGCUCAUUCCCCAGGCGGCCGCAGGGGGCGUUCGUGCAGGUCGUGCAGGCCUGCGUGGGGAAGCCGCGCGCGGCGAAGUUCCCCAUCCGCGUGUCGUAAAACGUCGCGUCGAGGGCGUCGGCCUGGCGGACGGGGCGCCACGGCGCGGACUUGUCCUCCCGCCCGCAGCGCACGCGGACCUCGACGAAGGCGCCGCUCGCCAAGUCCUCCGAGCUGAGGAGGGAGAGGAAAAGGCCCUGUUUGGCCUGCACUAG